AUGAUAGGUAAUCCUUCUAGUCAAAUUCCUUCUAUUAGACAUAUCUAUAAAUUGUUAUGUCAACAUUGUAAAUCGCUUGUUUGUGUUCGAGGAAUGAAAGCUAUCCUUUUAGCUAAUAAUAGAAUUGAUUUAUACAGUACAGAUGUGCCCUCUUCUAGUAUUUGUGUUUUAUAUAGACAUUAUUUAAAGGAUACCUGCCAAUGUAGGAUUCAAGAUACAGCUUGUCUUGAAUGUGGUAAUAUUCUUGGAUAUCAUAUUAUAUCACCAUGUCUAUCAUGUUUAAAUGCAAGUCAUAAUGGUCAUUUAUGGAUGUUUCGUUCAGAGGAAUGCGAUACGAUAGAAAGAUAUGAUAUUAAUCAAAAAUUAAUGUAUUGGCCAAAUGCUCCAAAGAUAGAAAUAGACCUUGAAUUAAAAACAGAAAGCUACAUUUCACAUCAUCUUCUUUAUAGAUAG